AUGUACUCACUCCAAGGGUUCAUCACAACAGCACUCAUCGUCAUCUCCAGCCUCACGCAACUCACCGAAUCUCACGCACAAUCGGCCGCUCCUUCCCCCGAUCCCGAAUCGCACGCUCCUCUAGCCGCGGUCGCACAAGACUCCCUCUUCGGCUCACUCCCCACAGACCCCGACAUGUCGUCCAUCGCCCGCCAGGCCCCGCUGGUCAUCCCGGCCGCGGGCAAGCACACGGCGACCUUCAUCUUCGCCCACGGCCUCGGCGACACGGGCAUGGGCUGGGCCAGCGCCGUCGAGAACUGGAGGCGGAGGCAGAGGCUCGACGAGGUUAAGUUCGUGCUGCCCCACGCGCCUCAGAUCCCCAUCACCUGUAACAUGGGCAUGCGCAUGCCGGGUUGGUUCGACAUAGUAAGUCGCGCCUCCAUCCUAGACCGCCACAACAUCCCCCCGUCGCCGUCCCGUCUGACACCGUCCGCCCUCCUCGCGCAGAAAACCCUCGACGGCACCGUCGAGUCCCUCCGCGAGUCCGAGGACCAGGCCGGCAUCCUGGCCUCCAACGAGUACUUCCACGGCCUCGUGCAGGCCGAGGUGGACGCGGGCAUCCCCGCCGACCGCAUCGUCCUCGGCGGCUUCAGCCAGGGCGGCGCCAUGGCCAUCUUCUCGGGCCUCACGGGGCAGCACAAGAUCGCCGGCAUCGUGGGCCUGUCGUGCUGGCUGCUGCUGAGCGACAAGUUCGCGAGCUUCGUGCCCGAGGCGAAGGCGAACCAGGCCACGCCCGUGUUCCUGGGCCACGGCGACGCGGACCCGCUCGUCAGGCCCGAGCUGGGCGCGUUGACCAUGGAGGCGUUGAAGAAGUUGGGGUAUGAUGUUUCGAGGACGCUUUACCCGGGAAUGGGUCACUCUGCCUGCCUGGAGGAGCUGGAUGAUGUUGAGGCGUUCUUGUCGAAGAGGUUGCCGCCUACCGAGAAGUAG